AUGGCAUCAUCCCCCCAACCUCCACACCCUGCCGCGCCAGACACACGUGGAGUUGGUACAGCACGUAGGACAGCAGCGUCAAACACGUCCCCACGUGCAUUACGCACUGCUCGACGUGGAAAGGAGUCGCAUCCACACGAGCAGCAACGUGAGGACCUGGUGGGACGGGUGGGAAUAACAGCACCUGGGGAGGCGGCGGGGGAACAGGAGUCGGUGGAGGGCGAGGCGGCUGCGGCCGCGGCGGCAGGGGGAAGUGGCGCAAUGGGGACUGAGUCAGAGGCGGCUGUGGCGGUUGAGGCUGCGGCUGCUGCAGGGCUGGAGGGGGUUGCUGCUGAGGCGACUGAGAUGGUGGCUGCUGCUGAGCUUGGCGGGUCUGACGCUGCCUCUGGCGGCGGCUCAGCCUCACCCUCUGCCAUCCCCCAGGCGUGGCAACCAGAGGAGCCGGGACCACCAGUGGCUCAGGAACGGACCGAGGCGGUGGUGCUGGCGGCGUCACCGGAGCCUGUAACGGCGUCUGUGCUGGCGGCGGCGGUGACAGCGGCGACAGGGGAACAGGACAGAGCCCGGACCGAGGAGGGUGCGCCGGUCGCCGCUGCGAACGCCGAAACUUCUGCUGCUGCCGAGGGCGCAAGCACGCAGGGACACGACCUGAGGGGAGUGGUAGACAGGGUCGUGGAGCCGGCGGGACUGCCUGCGCCGCCCGCGGGAAGACGAAGCUUCGAGCCCAGCCAGCACCGAGGCGGCCCGGAGCAGGGCUGGGACUUGGUCCCCCGGGACCCCUCCUGGGCUGGCUUCUGCAAGGGCAGUUGCCACAAGGGCAAGAGCGUCACUUGCCAUCUCCAAGGGUUGGCCAGGCAACGCCGAUGCUGGCGCCGUGGAUCCCGGCGGGAAGACCGCAACAUGCAGGCCGAGGCGAGCAGAACGCCGGCCCUAGGGGGGGAGAAACGGCUCGCGGAGCAAGGGGAGGAGUGCGAGGGGCCAGAGGGGGACGGGGCGGAAGAGGCCCGAUUGUCGGCGGAAGGGUCGCGCUCGUGA